UUCAGUUAUUCUUAUUCUCUACUGACCGUUGGAUUCCAGCACAAUGUCGAUCCGUGCUUUACUCGUCAUACUGGUCAUUGCGGCAGUGUGUCUUCUGCAGGCACGUCUCGCAACUUCUGAUCCGGUCCACAAACGGAGAUUAGUGCGUUCGGUCAGCCCCGCCCCAAGAAACCCUAGCUGUGAAGCAGGAAAACGAAUUGGUUGUGCCGAUUGCGGAUCCGUACAGAUCUGUCGCUGGGAUGGUACCCCAGUAGAAUCUUCAAAAUAUCGCUGUGAUUCAGUAGAUCGCACGAAACCAUUCUGUGAAGGAAACACGGGAGUUUGUAGUGACACACCAUCUGCCGAUUGCAUUAAACCCAGUGAUUUAUGCCCGGCACCUGGAAUUUUCCCCCAACCUACCAACUGUCGCGAGUACAUAAUUUGUGACAACGAUAAAAAUGCCUACGUAGCAGCAUGUGCCCCCAACGAAGUGUACAGCCACUCGGUACAGGAUUGCGUGCGAAGUUCAGCGGCCAACACUUGCUUCCAGCUGAAUUGUGCAGCAGCUGCCUCGCAGAAUCAAUGGUACGCUUACACUCCGAAUGCAACAUUGUACGUAUUCUGUUCCAGCGAGGCUGGUCCAAUGACUUUCAAGUGCAGCGGUGAACACUCAGCCUUCAAUGUCAACUUGAAACGAUGCGACUUCCGCUGCCCAAGCCCUGGACGAUUUGCUAUACCGGAUGAACCCGCUGGUAGCCAACGAUACUAUCAGUGUGUGGCCGGUGCCGGAAAUUCGUUAUCUUACACCGUUCAAACAUGUCCCGCGAAUCUAGUUUUUGAUGUUGAAAAUUCGAGAUGUGCACCACCUCCACCGUCUCCACCGCCUGGCGCCGGUGGUGAUGAGAAGUGAAAAUUAUGAAUUAUUAUUAGAGCUUCAUUUUAUCUUCAUUAUUUUAUCGAAAUGAUAAAAUGAAUAAAACCAAUUAAAAAUUGAUAGCGCAAAAACCACACUUUCUGAAAAUAUAAAACUUUUCCAACGAAAA